AUGGGCGAGAUGGAGUCGACCUCGCCGCCGCCGGGAGGCGCGGGCGGCGCCGUGCUGCAGGUGGUGUUCGUGGACGGCGAGCGGAGCGUGGACCUGGGCACGGUCACCGUGCAGCCGUCGCUGGGCGUGCGGAAGCUGCAGGCGGUCGUGGCGGACCGCGUCGGCGUCGCCCCGCAGCAGAUCUCGGCGUCCCUGGCCCGGCCGCGGCGCCAGCGCCGCGUGCCGCUCGACGAGGGCGCCGACCUCGCCGCCGCCGUGGCCCGCGAGGGCGCCGGCUGCUACGUCCUCGCCGGGCUCCGCCGCUCGCGCCGCGACCGCCGCGGGGGCCGCUCCAGGCGCGACAGGAAGGGCGCGGGCGCGGGGGCGGGGCCUCAGCAGCCGCUGCUGAUGGCGCCCACGAUGGCCUCGGAGCGGACCAUCCUCAAGCGCCUCCCGUCGACGGAUCUGGCGUCCCUGGCGGGCGCCGCGUCCCCGGUGGCCGCGUUCGGCGGGUGGGACUACGAGGCGCAGCUGCGGGAGCUCCAGCGGCAGCACGAGUGGUACAUGAUGAGCACGGCGGCGCCGGAUCCGUACCUCCUCCCGCCGCUCCUCGACGACCCGCCGGCGGCGCUGUGGCCGGCGCGCCCCUCGACGCCCUGCCCCGACUGCGAGGCGGCCGCCGCGCUGGGCCUGCGCGAGCCGGCGUUCCACUGGUGCGUGCGCGACGCGGUCACCGUGGGGUUCCGCUCCCCGGUUGGCCCAAUCGAGCGCCCGUCCACUGCCAGGAGAUCCCCGUCGCCGACCCCGUCGCCGCCGCCGCCGUUUCAGCCCACCGCCGGCCGCCAUCUGCCGUCCUUCCUCCAUCCAGGCCUGACGCCGCUCUGCUACUAG